AUGCCAGUAUAUGAAGUUGAAGGAAAUGAAACUGAAAAGAUCAGAAAGCUACAUCGAAACCAUUUAUAUAUGGUGGAUUACCACAAAAUGGAAGAUGAUGAGAAGAAUGGUAAUGAUGAUGAGAAAGAUGAUAAUGAUGAUGAAGAAGUUGAGAUUAUUGAGGAAGAAGAAAGAAUGGAUGCAUCCAGAGUAAUAGAAGGUGACGUCACCAGUGAGAGCUCAGACGAUAAUGGAGGCAUGUUACUUGCCCCACAGACAUUAGUACACGGGGACGCCCGUGAGCCUGAUAUUCAGAGUCUAGAGGAAACAGAAGUGGAAGAUGUGAAAGAGCAACAGAGCAUUGGUGUUUCACAGACCAAUGAUGAGAAAGAACAUGAAGAGAAUUCAGACGAUAAAGACGAAACGAUACAUACAACAACACAAGACACCACAGAAAAUACGGUAGAAGAAGAUAACAUUGAGGACACAAUAGAAGAAGUGGUUGUCAGGCCAAAAGUGAAGAAACGAAGAACAUUGCCCACAGAACCAACCCGACGUUCAGAGCGACACAGAAAGACACCUGAGAGAUAUGACGAAUAUGUCAUGUUUGGAAUGUAG